UUUUUCGAAAAUUUCCAAACGAGAUUUCGAGAUUUGGCUCCAAGAGUGUUCCAGUGAUUUAAACCAAACGUCGAAAUUCGUUGAUUCCGAUAAUCCAUUCCAGCGCGAUACACCCAGCGCAAGCUUCGCGUUAUUUGGUUAAAUUAAGUUCCAUAAAGUGAGAUCAUGCAGCGGCAACGAAUCGCCCGAGAAUUGGAAAAACUGGCGAGCGCCCCCCCGACGGGAAUCAGCGUUGCCCCCAGAGACGACAAGCUCAACUUUCUCGAAGCGCAAAUGAUCGGCCCUGACAACACCCCAUACAAGAAUGGGGUGUUCAAAGUGCAGUUGCAGAUUUCGGAGAAGUAUCCCUUCUCACCACCCAUAGUGAAAUUUCUCACUAAGGUGUACCACCCUAACAUUGACGACAACGGGCGCGUCUGCAUGGAUCUAACUAAACUACCACCAAAAGGUUGCUGGAGGCCGACUGUAGGUCUAGAAGGCGUGUUAAUAGCAGUGAGAAUGCUCCUAGAGAGCCCCAACGCCGAUGACCCGUUAAUGGUAGACAUAGCAGAUGAAUACAACAACACCUACUCUGAGUUUGUUAAGAAAGCCCAAAUGUAUACAGAAAAGUAUGCCUGUUAAAUGAGUUGUAUUUUGAGUUAAUAAAUUACAUUUAAUUACUGAGAA